GCCACAGGGAGCCAUGACAGAAAGAAGCCAGGGUGGUUUUGGUGUGGCGCCGACACUCCUAAAAAGUGCGGCAGCAGGUUUUGCUUUUGGAGAAGCUGCAUUAUUUGCAGUUGAGCCCACGCUGACUGAAGAUGGCGUCCUGCUGAAUGCUGCAACGCUGGCUGCUGGUCGAGCCAGUUCCACAGGUGUCGGGGUAGUAACGGCGUGCCUCGUGUUCACCUCAGCGCUCCUUUCUCUGGGAAGUGGUUUCCUCCUCGCUGCCGUGGUGAUGAAGCUGUUGACCAAGGUUGGAGUGAGGUUGCCGUGGUUAGCGGAGGCCACAACAGGGGCCUCUGUCGUCGUGGGUGCUGUCACUACUGGAGUGUUGGUGGGCGUCCUUCCACCGUGGAUCUACAUCACAGCCCAAGCUGUUCUUGUCCUUGUAGUCUACUCAUACUCUAAUAUUAACGACAUGACCACAGCUCUGGUAAUCAUCUUCACCACUCUGUACACCAGCGUUGUAUACGGAAGGAUGGGUGUCCUAAUUGGAAUCUUUAUCAUGGGAUUGACCAUCAGUGUCCUUUGUGCCCUACGCAAGGCCCUGACAGAGAGGAUGACACAAAGACCAAAAUCUAAAACUGGGUGCAGACUGUUGGAGAGGAUAUUCUUCUACUCUGUUGUCGUGGGGAUACUGGGAUUUUCAGUCGGUUUAGUGGCAGGUGAGGCAGGAGAAGGGUCGGAGGUGGUUUUGAUGCUGCAGUCAGUCCUUUGGGUGGCAUUUCUGUCUGCAGGGCUGUUAGGAGCUGGCCUGGGAACAGUGGCCAUGGUUGGGCUGGGGCCAGAGAUGGCUGCAAAGGUCGCUGUGGGAGCUGCUAUAAUAUCAUCAGUGUCCUUGAGAGCUAUUCUGCAAUGGAGCUCUUCCCUGGGGGCCCGCAGCAGCAUUGGGGGAACGUUGGGAGCAGCUACAGCGGCAGGGGUGUCACUGGGAGCUGCAAGUGUUGCAGCAAAACAAGCAUUCGGGUCUAGAAAUUCAACUUUAACAGUUUUAGGUUCAGUUGCUGUCGGUGUCGUUCUGGCCACACGAGGUGUAGCACUGACUGCAACUCUGCCAACAACAUCAGAACUUAUAACCAUCACUCUUGCUGCAGUAGGGGCAUUUGUUUUGGGUGCACCAAAGAGCCCGUUCCACACUCAGGUGAAUCUACAAAGGGGCCUUCUCACGGGGCCAGAGCUAAUUAAAGGAAUCGGCAUGGAGACAGUCACCGCAGCAGCAGCACCUAUUGGAGCCGGGGCGCUCGGGGCUGCGGCGUUAGCCACUGCAGCUCUGGGGAGACUGGGGACUGUGGGAGUUGUGGUGGCUAUAUUGUUGGCUUUGGGAAGUACUCUGAGUGGCAUGAUAGGAAAAUCACCACCAACAACAAGGGCACACAGAGACUGACUGAUGACUGAGUUAUCUCUCCUGCUGGUCACAACCUGAACACAAGGCACAAAAACCAGCAACAAAAAACUAAAUUAAAAAUGAUGUCAACGCUCUAGUAUUAUUGAUGCCAUUCUUGUCUCAAAGGUGAUGUUUAUGUAUGUCAUUUUUUAAGAAGCUAUACGAUUGUUGCCUUAUGUAAGGGUAUCUCUAACGCUUGCAUGUCUCAGGAAUGUAAUAGUGUUAGUGUUGUCCCCCACUUGUAAGUCACCUCGGUUCAAAGUGUCUGCCAAAUGAGUAAAUGUAAAUAUAAUAAAAGGUUUCCAGAUUUUCUGCACAUUUUGUCUGUUUCUCAGUAUGUAAGUCAUCUUAUCUAAUAAUAUGCAUGGUGUCAUUUAGUUUACUUCCAAUAAAGAGCCAUUUGGUGUGCAAGAUUCACAUGUCAAAAAGUGUGUAUUCUCUUUUCCUUAGUUUGAAGUUUGAAGGGUACAAGAAGUAACUGCAAGAAAAAAUCAUGCCUUUACUGUAGAGCCAAACAUGUUGAGAGCUAAAUGAGACAAUUUGUGUGCAUAUGCAUGUGUAUGUAUGUGUGU